ACAAGUACCUGCUGUACAGAGGGGAAAACAUUCUCUUGUGAGGGCGUGUUGGUGAGCAUCUGCAGCCAUGUGUGACCAGACGUUUGUGGCGGCCACUUUUGGCCCCUGCGACAGCUGUGGGAAAGCCAGUCCCCUCAUGAACAUCUACAUCAAGACAGAGGCCAUCAACUACUGCUCCUUCUGUGUGGAAGUGAUGGCCUGCCAGGGGCUGCAGGGCGGGGAGAGCUUGGCCUCACUGAAGAACGAGAGCGAGAGUCUGAAGAAGAAGCUGGAGGAGGAGCGGAAGAAGCUCAACGACAUAGAGUUGAACCAGGUGGCUGAGAAGAUCGAGGCGGUCGGCGCUCUAUCCAUAAAGACCAGACGUGUGCUGAAGGGUCACGGGAACAAAGUGCUGUGUAUGGACUGGUGUAAAGACAAACGUCGCCUCGUCAGCUCUUCACAGGAUGGCAAAGUGAUUGUCUGGGAUGCAUUCACUCUUAAUAAGGAACAUGGAGUAUCCCUGCCGUGUACGUGGGUCAUGGCGUGUGCUUAUGCUCCCUCAGGUUGUGCUGUGGCAUGUGGUGGAUUGGAUAACAAGUGCUCAGUGUUCCCGCUGUCUCUGGACAAAAACGAGAACUUGGCUGCAAAGAAGAAGUCUGUUGCUAUGCAUACCAACUAUGUAUCAGGAUGCACCUUCACCUCCUCCGACAUGCAGAUCCUGACCUCCAGUGGAGACGGCACAUGUGCCUUGUGGGAUGUGGAGAGUGGGCAGCUUCUGCAGAGUUUCCAUGGUCACACAGCUGAUGUCCUGUCCCUGGACCUCGCCCCGUCUGAGACUGGAAACACUUUUGUGUCUGGGGGCUGUGAUAGGAAGGCCAACGUGUGGGACAUGCGCUCUGGACAGAACAUUCAGUCUUUUGAGAGCCACGAGUCCGACAUCAACUGUGUAAAGUACUACCCUAGUGGAGAUGCAUUUGCUUCUGCCUCAGACGAUGCCACAUGCCGUUUCUAUGAUCUGCGAGCUGACCGUGAGGUAGCUGUCUACCAGAAGGACAGCAUUAUAUUUGGUGCUUCCACUCUGGACUUCUCUCUAAGUGGUCGCCUGCUUUUCACUGGUUAUAAUGAUUACACCAUUAACGUGUGGGACGUCUUGAAGGGAACUCGCGUCUCGGUUCUGUUUGGCCAUGAGAACCGCAUCAGCAGAGUCAGGGUUUCACCUGAUGGCACAGCACUCUGCUCAGCUUCUUGGGACAACACCUUACGGAUUUGGUCCUAGAGCUGAUGUCACAGUUGUGGUCCAGUGAUGACAGCAUCAGCAUUAUGAAACCAACACUACUGCAGGAGUGUGUACAUACAAACCUUCAUGUGAGGCUCAGAAACCUACGAUGUCUCUGCUGAAUGAGACUGUAUCACUGUGUCAUAACUGUAGAAUGGGUAUUCACUGAAGAGACAGUCAAGUUUGAAUUCCUAAUCUUUGUUAUUGUUAGCGUGAUGACUGACUGUAUAAUCAUGAGAUUAUUGCUAAUUUAGUGGGAAAUAAUUGUGAGUGUAAAGAGCCACAUGUGUUUUCUCUGUCAAAUGAUAGUCUUGUAAAUGAUGUACAUGGGUUCACUGUUACCUUUCCUGAGAACCAAACCUGUCCAGAAUCAUUCUGUAGGUCUACACACUGUAAUGUUGUCACUAUGGCGCUAUGCCAUAGAUAUUGUCAUGAUUGUCCAAAGGAAGACUGUUUUAAUGUA